CGUCAAGUAUUUUAUGCUCAAAUGUAUUUAUUACCGCGCUAUACCACAGAUUGGCUGUAACAUCACGGAUAUAACACGGAUUGGUCGGGAACACUUGAAAUCAAGAUGAGUUCUGGAGACGCGAAUCAGUUCCGGUUGCCCAUCGUGGACUUGGAUCGGGCAAAGGUGGACAAGGCAGCCGUAGCGGCGGAAGUUGUGGACGCCCUCGAGAACGUCGGCUUCUUGUACAUAGACAACAUUCAUGGCAUUGACUUCGAAAAGCUGAUGGACGGCUGCAAGUGGUUCUUCGGAUUGCCGAUGGACGUAAGAAAUGGACUGAUGAGGAAACACUGGAACGAGACGAAUCCUAACGUUUACAGGGGCUACUUUCCGGUGGUGGAGGGCGAACCAAGCAGAAAGGAGGGGUUUGAAUUCGGCAGGGACAUAACCCCAGGCGACCCCACUGUAAAGCCGGGCAACUGGUUCUAUGAGCCAUCUGUAUGGCCAAAGGAAGACGGCACUUAUCCGUUUAAAGAGUUCAUGAGCAACUGCUACACCAUUCUUCAUAACGCCAGCCUGGAUAUUCUCCGGCUGGCUGCCGUCGGGCUGGGGAUAGAUGAGCACGCCUUUGACAAUAUAUUCGCAGACCGGCCGUGCACAACGUUCCGCCUAAUGCACUACCCGCCCUGGGAUGGUGCGCCGCCGGAAAACGCCAAAAUUGAGGACGGGAAGGUGGUAACCACACCUGACCACACGGACUCCAACUUCCUGACACUCCUCUACACGUUCCACUUCACGGGACUCGAGGUGAUAACGGCAGAUGGCAAGUGGAAGGCGGUGGAGCCUCGGCCUAAGAGUUUCGUGAUGAACAUUGGAGACGUCUUCUCCCGUAUGAUGGGCGGUCGCUUCAAAGCGACCCGCCACCGCGUCCUGGAUAUCGGCGUCGACCGGUUCUCCGUGCCAUUUUUCCUUGAACCUUCAUACGACGGAGACAUUGGGGAGAAUUUCAUGUCGUUAGCAACUGGCAAAGGACCGGAACAUAAAGUGGAAAAAUACGGACCAUGGAUGAUCCAACAAGUCAAGUACAUUAAGAAAUAUUUUGAAUAUAAAGUUUUACCAGAGUUUUGAAUGUUGAAUAAGAGGAAAUAUCACAAAUGAUAUUGAUAAUUCAUUGAGUGUGAGCAAGAUCUUAUCUUUUUGAUUAAGUAAACAUAAACGUGAUUGAUCUUAUCACAUAUAUAAACGGUUUGAUUACAACUAUGCAAACAUGCAGCCUGAACAGCGGGGUUAAAAUCUGUAUCACUUGUUGACUUGCAAACGGACAUUUUGAUUAGCUUGGUCAGAGUCCACCUUUAAUGCACAUUCAUGUACAACAUUAAAACUUGCCGCGGAUGAUAAACUUUUCACCAUGUUAUUUUGCACACAUUUUAUUGUUUAUGGGUGGAAAUACCACUGCUGAUGCAUACGAUCAUAAUGACAUUCGAAAAUCUUUAUUGCCAUCCUAUUAUUUACGACAUCCCAGUAUGCACAAAUUUAAAGAGCUAAUUAUUACUUAAAAUGAAGGAAAUUGAAGAAUUUGAGUGUAUUUGUUUACAAAGCUUUCCACAAUAUGUCAAAUAGACAUUUUGUAACAGUCUAGUAUAAUAGGCAUUGUCAUGAAAAUUAUUAAUUAAUGUUACCGCACAAAUACUUAUUAUUUGCUUUUGUCACCAUUGCGCACUUUAUGCCUCAUGAGUCUAGGACCUUCUGGUUUAUUAUAAAUAAAGCUUGAAACUAUAAAAAAAAUAUCGCUCGAUAGUGUUGCUGUACAGAAAUAGUAAAUAAAAAACAUACAAACACUUUGCAAUUCUCAUGUAUUCAACCAGCUUUUUUGCAUUAGUAUUAAAAUAAAUCAAGAAAAGCUU